AUGGCAGUCCGAACCUUCACUAAGCCUUCGUCACUGAACGGCACCCUCAUGUCCGCCCCAGAGAUGAACGGCUCAGUCCGCUCCGAGGUGUCCGCAAAGGAUAGCCAGGGCUCAUUCCCAUCAGAAGCAAGAGAUCCUCUCGGCCACUCUACGAAUCCGAACUCGAAGCCCGGCAUCACCUUCGCCAGCCAAGACAAGCUCCCAAAGCUUCCGAUCCCCGACCUCGACAGCUCAUGCAACAAGUAUCUUGCAGCUCUCAAGCCGCUUCAGAGUCCCAAAGAGCACAACGACACUGUCAUUGCUGUUCAGGAGUUCCUCAAGUCAGACGGGCCAGUGCUGCAAGACAAGCUCAAGAAGUAUGCCGCUGGCAAGGCCAACUACAUCGAGCAGUUCUGGUAUGAUUCUUAUUUGAAUUUUGACAAUCCGGUGGUGCUUAAUCUAAAUCCCUUUUUCCUACUGGAGGACGACCCCACCCCAGCCCGCAAUAACCAAGUCACUCGCGCAGCCUCGCUAGUAGUCUCGGCACUUUCCUUCGUGCGAGCGGUGCGCCGAGAGGAGUUGCCACCUGACACUAUCCGCGGCCAACCCCUCUGUAUGUACCAGUACUCCAGACUCUUCGGAACCGCGCGAAUACCCACCGAGAAUGGCUGCCAGAUCGGCCAAGACCCAACCUCGAAGCAUAUUGUCGUCCUUUGCCAUGGCCAGUUCUAUUGGUUCGAUGUCCUCGACGACAACUCCGAUCUUAUCAUGACCGAGAAGGACAUCUCUCUGAAUCUACAGGUCAUCAUCGAGGAUGCGGCGCAGAUACCCAUCCGGGAUGCUGCCAAAGGAGCGCUUGGUGUCCUCAGCACCGAGAACCGCAAGGUAUGGUCAGGUCUGCGCGAUAUCCUCCAUCGGGAAGAAGGCUCGAACAACUCUGACUGCUUGAACAUCGUGGACUCGGCUCUCUUCGUCCUAUGCCUGGACUACACCGAACCGCAGACAGGCGCAGAGCUCUGCAUGAACAUGUUGUGCGGGUCAAGCAAGGUCGAACAGGGAGUCCAGGUCGGUACCUGCACGAAUCGAUGGUACGAUAAGCUGCAGAUCAUUGUGUGCAAGAACGGAAGUGCGGGCAUCAACUUUGAGCACACCGGUGUGGACGGUCACACGGUGCUGCGAUUCGCUUCGGAUCUUUACACGGACACCAUACUGCGGUUCGCGAGAACCAUCAACGGCAACGCACCUAGUCUAUGGGCAUCCUCCAGCCCUGAUCCAGCGAAGCGAGACCCCGACAGCUUUGGCGAUGUUCAGACUACCCCGCACAAACUUGAGUGGGACAUGGUGCCAGAGCUCAGCACCGCCCUCCGAUUUGCCGAGACCCGUCUUGCAGACUUGAUCCAGCAGAACGAGUUCGCAACCCUAGAGUUCCCGCAUUAUGGCAAGAACUUCAUGACCUCGAUGGGCUUCUCCCCGGAUGCCUUCGUGCAGAUGGCAUUCCAAGCUGCAUACUACGGGCUCUACGGCAGGACUGAGUGUGUGUACGAGCCCGCCAUGACCAAGAUCUACUACCAUGGAAGAACAGAAGCGAUUCGAUCUGUCUCCGAAGAAUCCGUCGACUUUGUGAGGACUUUCUGGGGAGAAAACCCUCCAGGUGCCAAGAUUGACUCUCUUCGCAAAGCUUGCGUGAAGCAUGUAGACAUCACCAAGGAUUGCGCCAAAGCACAAGGUCCCGAUCGACAUCUAUACGCGCUGUACUGCAUCUGGCAACGAGCAAUCGAUGAAGAAGGUGCCGAAAUGGCAAGCAGUGAUGGCUGGGAUUCCACGCGACCGUCGAGCCCGGACGCGAACUCCGCCGUCAACUCCCCGAAGCGCAACUCUGUCCUUUCUGAGAAUGGUUCAAUCAGCAGCUCACCUCCUGCCCCUGUUCAGCACUCGAUGCCCGCCCUCUUCGCGGAUGCCGGCUGGGACAAGAUCAACACCACGGUUCUGUCGACAUCAAAUUGCGGCAACCCUUCGCUUCGACAGUUCGGCUUCGGCCCUACGUCAGGCGACGGCUUUGGUAUCGGAUACAUCAUCAAGGACGGCAGCAUCUCCAUUUGCGCAUCCUCCAAGCACAGACAGACCUCUCGUUUCAUUGACGCGCUUGAAUCGUACUUCCUUGAGAUCCGGAAACUCCUGCGACAAUUGAAGCGACGCGGUACUUCGGCCGACAAGACCGCUUCACGCGCCCGCGAGGCAGAAGAUCGGCCCAAGACCGGCCGGCUCAAGAGCCGCGGCCGCAUUAUCCUAUCGGAUGGAAAGACUCAGGCUCCCGCUGUAGAGGAGAUUACUGAGUCGGAUGACGAUGGUCUCGGUGGAUGUAUGGCUCCCCCUUCCCCUCCUUCUUUGUACCUCGACACAGUCAACAUCACCUUACGCCCUGCUGCCCCCCUCACCCCUCCCUAUUCGCCGCCACACUCUCCGCCCUUCAAGCCCCUCACCACCGUCCACGUGAGCUCUCCGCGACGCCCCAUUAGGACGUUCAAAACCCGGAAGUGCACAAAGGCGGUGGUGAGGAGGCUGUACCCGAACACCUUCUGCUCUUCUUGA